AUGUAUAGGGUCACGAACAGAAUGGGCAACGAGGAAAUAAUGGAAAGAAUACAGGUAAUAUUCCCAGGGACUUUAUGGUGCGGUAGCGGUAACAAGGCAUCGAAUCCGAACGAGCUAGGGAAAAAGAAUGAAACGGACGCGUGCUGUCGAGAGCACGAUAUGUGCCCAGACAUAAUCGAGGCUAGACAGAGCAAACACGGAUUGACCAAUAGCGCUUACUACACGAGGCUAAGUUGCGAAUGCGACGACAAAUUCUACGAUUGUCUUCACCGUUCCAAAGAUGGCAUAGGUGGUACGGUGGGAUACAUGUACUUCAGCGGUCUAAGCACCCAGUGUUUCCGCAACGAUUAUCCGAUCGUGAAAUGCAAACGCACGACCGGCAUUUGUCUGGAGUACGAACUGGACACGAGCCAACCAAAGAAAUACCAGUGGUUCGACGUGCGUCCGUGGAAUUGAAUUCGCUGUGGAGCCUGGAGAGCUGCGUCGAUCGCGAAAUAUACGAGCAUCAUCGAUCGCCAGAGACAAUGUACUAGUACCUCCAAUAAAAUCGUGAAUAAUAAACACGUUUUGCGUUGGAACAAGUAAAAUCAUUGUCCAAUAACCGAGCAAGCUCCUCUUCGUAAAGCGAAACAAUGUAGCGAUAGGGAAAGAGAGAGAGGGAAUCGUUAGCGGAUUAACCUAUAAGAGUACUUAGAUAGCUAAUUAGAGUCGGCUCUAAGUCGUAUUCGAAUAGAUCUCGCACACGGAAGAAGGAAAGUUUCCACGAAUUAAAUUAUUCCAGUCGUCGACGCGUAAGCGGUCGAAAUUAAUUCAACACGAAAUGCCGCGUGUUUUCCUUAACGCCUUAAUAAAUCCACGAAGCGACGAGCACUUCCAUUACAUCCGAGCAAUUUUCGAAAUUUAUCGGUCGCGUGGCAUUAACAUAGAAACGAACACGACGCAAAGCGCUCGAGCUCGAUACACGUAUACAGGAAACACGAAAAGGACUGAAUUCCGAGUAUCCGUUUCACUGGAUUUUGUUUGGAAUUUCGCGUUGUUCAACUUAUUACACGAGGGAACACGCUUCAACUCGGAUGCUGUCUCGAUAAAAAUGUCCCAGAUAGAAGUUCGAGUGGAAAGUCGUGUAGAAAUAUCAACGAUUUCCUCGAUAGGACGUUACUUUUCCCGCGGCCCCGUUCGAUAAAUCGAAGAAUUCGUUUCGCCGGCUGAUCGAGAGUCACGGAAGCGCCCUCGAUAAGGCAUAGUUUGGGAAUUUCCCCAGCUGAAACAAAGUUGCCGUACUUAGGCGCGUUCGAGAGUCUACACAGGUGAACGGAGAGGUUGUAAAUCGACGAGGUGAGGCGUGGCAUGGUGUGGCGUAGCAUGGUGUAGUGUGGCGCGGCUGCGCUCGAUCCGGACAUAAAUUUCCAGGGAAAUCCUCCGUUAAGCGCCAGCUGCCCGCACACCCUCUUCCGUAGAAUAGAGGAAAACGCGUGGAAAGGUGAGGCCAAUUCGGCCUGCGCUCCGUUUCGCUUAUCUCACGCGCUGCUCGCUCGUUUCUCCGCUCUUCCCAACGCUUUCCGACGAUUCCUUUUAUCUUUCAUUCAAUUUGUUGAACGCGUAUCGCGCGCUUUUCCUCGCUGACUCGAACGUUUCUCCUUUCUCG